CACCUCGCGUUGCGCUCUCUCUUGCAGCUGCGUAAAUGAGUAUGGAAGAUUAUGAUUUCCUCUUCAAAAUUGUUUUGAUCGGCAACGCCGGUGUGGGGAAGACCUGCCUAGUGCGACGCUUUACUCAGGGGCUUUUCCCACCAGGUCAAGGAGCCACGAUUGGGGUUGACUUUAUGAUUAAAACUGUGGAGAUCAACGGUGAAAAAGUAAAGCUGCAGAUCUGGGACACGGCCGGCCAGGAGCGGUUCCGCUCCAUCACGCAGAGCUACUACCGCAGCGCCAACGCGCUCAUCCUCACCUACGACAUCACGUGCGAGGAGUCCUUCCGCUGCCUGCCCGAGUGGCUGCGCGAGAUCGAGCAGUACGCCAGCAACAAGGUCAUCACCGUGCUCGUGGGCAAUAAGAUUGAUUUAGCUGAUAAGAGGGAAGUCUCGCAGCAAAGAGCGGCCGAGUUUUCCGAAGCGCAAGACAUGUACUACCUGGAAACCUCUGCAAAAGAGUCGGAUAACGUGGAAAAACUCUUCCUGGACUUAGCUUGUCGCCUGAUCAGCGAGGCCCGGCAGAACACCCUCGUGAACAACGUGGCAUCCCCGCUACCAGGAGAGGGGAAAAGCAUCAGCUAUUUGACUUGCUGUAAUUUCAAUUAAAGAGCUGCCACCCGAUUCCCUGUCCCCCAUGGGCCAAAAGGAUUUUUUUUUCCCUGGGAUUCGUCUCCUCGAGGGAUUGCUGCCACUUUGACCCAUCUGACUUGCCCCUGAGCCAGGUUGCAGAUCUAGCCGCAUGGCAGGCUGACAGCUCCAGCUGCAUGGCAACAUAGCAGAAUAUAACGUGGUUUCAUUUCAGUUUUUUUGCGGUCUCUGGAGUUGGUUAGAAGA